AUGGAACAUAUCUCCAGCUGCCGAAAAGCCUUGAGUGAGUGGAGGAAGCAACACAAUAUUAAUUCGGCAAAGCUAGUGGAGGAGUUCAAGGAGAAAGUUGAGGGUUUAUACGCAGAUGAUAGUGCGACGACUGAGGAAAUUGCAGCAGCGUUGAAAGAACUCUCUGAUGCUCUUAAAGCGGAAGAAAUAUUCUGGAAACAGAAGAUUGAGGACGAGGAAGGUCUGGUAGCCAUUGCUACUAGCUAUUUUCGGCAAAUCUUUGAGUCUUCUAUCCCAGAGGACAUUGAAGAGGCGCUAUCUGAAGUCCCUACGAUGAUUACGGGGUCAAUGAAUGACAGCCUUACAGCUCCUGUUUCUGAAUGGGAAAUCAAACUAGCUCUUUUUGCCAUGCAUCCAGAUAAGGCGCCGGGACCAGAUGGGAUGACUGCACUUUUUUACCAAAAGUUUUGGGAUAUAGUCAAGGAGGACUUAACUCUUAUGGUUAAUAAAUUCCUUUUUGAUGGGACUGUGACCAAUGGUCUGAAUGAUACAAAUAUAUGUCUUAUACCAAAGACAACUAAGCCCAAUGACAUGGCUCAAUUCAGACCCAUAAGCUUGUGCAAUGUCAGCUACAAGAUCGUCUCUAAGGUCUUAUGCCAUAGACUAAAGAAAGUCUUGCCAGGUUUGAUAUCAGAAACCCAGUCAGCUUUUGUCGCGGGAAGACAGAUUUCAGAUAAUAUCAUGAUUGCUCAAGAAAUGUUUCAUGCUUUGCGAACUAAACCGAGUGGACAUAAUAAGAGGAUGACCAUCAAGACAGACAUGAGUAAAGCAUAUGAUAGGAUGGAAUGGUCGUUUAUUGAAGCUGUGAUGCGAAAGAUGGGUUUCUCCGAAACAUGGAUCACCUGGAUCAUGAGGUGCAUUACAUCGAGGAUUAAUGCAACUACUCGACAAGAGAUUAAAGAUGUACUUGGCAUACAUAAUGAUGGUGGGAUGGGAAAGUACUUGGGAAUUCCAGAGGAUAUUAGUGGCUCUAAAUGCAAACUCUUUGCAUUCCUAAAGGAUAACCUGAUGCAUAGAGUAAAUGGAUGGACAGGUAGAUGGCUCUCAAAAGGGGGGAAGGAGGGAAUGAUCAAAUCCAUUUUGCUCGCUCUUCCGACAUACGUUAUGUCGACGUCUCUGCUCCCAUUGGAGAUUUUUGAAAACCUCGCUAGUGCCAUUGCACAAUUUUGGUGGAGUUCGAAUCCACCGAAAAGAGGAAUACACUGGGCGAAAUGGGAAAAGGUUUGUCUACCGAAAGAAGAGGGCGGAAUUGGCUUCCGUUUAAUCCAUGAGUUUAAUCUAGCACUAUUAGCAAAGCAAUUAUGGAGAUUGGUUCAGUACCCUGAUUCACUGGUUGCCCGAGUCUUGACGGGCAGAUAUUAUAGGAUGACCUCGCCAUUGGGCGAAAUCUCUGCAAGUAGUCCAUCAUAUGUUUGGACAAGCAUUUACGCCGCAAGGAAGCUUUUACUUCUGGGGAUCAGACAGAAGAUUCAUUCUGGUUAUGAAGUCAAAGUGUGGGAGGAUCCGUGGAUUCCAACGAUGCCUGCUAGACCAGCUACACCUGUAGCACCUGUGAUGCACCCGAAUAUGAGAGUGAGUGAUCUCAUUAACCAAGAUUUGAAGGAAUGGGACGUAGGGUUACUGGAGGCUUAUGUCCACUCCGAUGACAUAUCUCUCAUACGUAGUAUGGCCGUAAGCUCUACUCAUCGCCGUGAUACUUUCUGCUGGAACCACACGAAGAAUGGCCAGUAUACAGUUAAAUCUGGGUAUUGGGUUGCUCAAAACCUGUUGAAGCCAGAAGAGGAAAAAGAAAUAUUGGAACCAAGUAUCACUACACUUCAGGCCUUUGCUUGGAAGUUAAAAGCACCAAGGAAGAUGUGCCAUCUUAUAUGGGGAAUAGACAGAGACCCAUUGGAACUAGUUCGAUACGCAGAAAGUGAAUGUCAAGCCUGGUUUAAUGCAAACUACAUAAUACCACCAGUAGUUCAGAUGGAUAUUGGACAGCUUCUGAUCGCUUUAGUGGAUGUGGAUGGGUCUGAAUAG